AUGUACAAGAAGACGGCUAUUCUGUCUGUUUACGACAAGACUGGGCUGCUGGACUUGGCGAAGGGGUUGAUUGAGAACGAUGUGAGGAUUCUGGCCUCAGGCGGUACUGCGAACAUGGUGCGCGAGGCCGGGUUUCCUGUGGACGACGUGUCCUCGAUCACACAUGCGCCAGAGAUGCUGGGUGGCAGAGUGAAGACGCUGCACCCUGCGGUGCACGGUGGUAUUCUAGCCAGGAACUUGGAGAGCGAUGAGAAGGACUUGAAGGACCAGCACAUUGACAAAGUGGACUUUGUUGUGUGCAACUUGUACCCUUUCAAGGAGACCGUCGCAAAGGUCGGUGUCACAGUACCAGAAGCAGUCGAAGAGAUCGAUAUCGGUGGUGUUACCUUGUUGAGAGCCGCCGCCAAGAACCACUCGAGAGUCACAAUCCUGUCCGACCCUAACGACUACGCUAUUUUCUUGCACGAACUGAAAGAGCACGGCGAAGUUUCUCAGGAGCUGAGAAACAGACUGGCACUAAAGGCUUUUGAACACACUGCUGACUACGAUGCCGCCAUCUCUGACUUCUUCAGAAAACAAUACUCCGAAAACAGAGCCCAAUUGCCUCUGCGUUACGGUGCUAACCCACACCAAAGACCUGCACAGGCUUUCGUCACACAAUUGGAGGAGCUGCCAUUCAAGGUCUUGAGUGGCUCCCCAGGUUACAUUAACCUUUUGGAUGCUCUAAAUUCCUGGCCUUUGGUUAAGGAGCUAUCAGCAUCGCUAAACUUACCAGCAGCAGCAUCCUUCAAACACGUUUCACCAGCUGGUGCCGCUGUUGGUAUCCCACUUUCCGAUGUUGAAAAACAAAUAUACUUUGUAUCCGAUAUCGAGAACCUAUCUCCAUUAGCAUGUGCCUACGCAAGGGCCCGUGGUGCCGACAGAAUGUCCUCCUUCGGUGAUUGGAUUGCCCUAUCGAAUAUCGUCGAUGUCCCAACUGCAACCAUUAUCUCCAAGGAGGUGUCUGAUGGUGUAAUUGCUCCAGGCUUUGAACCCGAGGCAUUGGAGAUCCUAAAAAAGAAGAAGAAUGGUAAGUACUGUAUCUUGCAAAUAGAUCCAAACUACAUCCCAGAUGCCAUGGAAUCGAGAGAUGUCUACGGUAUCACUUUGCAACAAAAGAGAAAUGACGCCAUCAUCAACCAAUCUUCUUUCAAAGAAAUUGUGUCUGCCAAUAAGAACUUGACUGAACAGGCCGUGAUUGAUCUAACUGUUGCAUCAUUAGCUCUAAAAUACACACAAUCUAACUCCGUCUGUUAUGCAAAGAACGGUAUGGUAAUCGGUCUUGGAGCUGGCCAGCAAUCCAGAAUCCACUGUACAAGACUAGCAGGUGAUAAAGCUGACAAUUGGUGGUUGAGACAACAUCCAAAGGUUCUUGCCUUUAAGUGGGCCAAGGGUGUUAAGAGACCAGAUAAGUCCAAUGCAAUCGACUUAUAUGUUACUGGUCAAAUUCCUGAAGAGGAUCCAGAAAAGUCCGAAUAUGAAUCUAAGUUCGCUGAAAUUCCAACUCCGCUAACACCGGAGGAAAGAAAGGAGUGGCUCUCUAAGUUGAAUAAUGUCUCCUUAUCCUCAGAUGCAUUCUUCCCAUUCCCAGACAAUGUUUACAGAGCUGUCAAAUCAGGUGUUAAGUACAUUGCUGCUCCAUCUGGAUCUGUUCAAGACAAGGCUGUGUUUGCUGCUGCUGAUUCUUUUGACUUAGUCUAUGUUGAAAAUCCAAUUCGUCUGUUCCAUCAUUGA